AAUGGAAUCAACUCAACAGAAAUGGCAGAUAUUUAAGUACAAGAAGCAACUUGACACUCUUUGGAAGGAAUACGAUGCAAGCACAACUAAUAGAGAUGCUAUGAUACAGUUUGACCUUCUUACUUCAGUGGUAGUGAAUUAUAAGGAUGUCAUAAAUACUUUUUGACAGAAAGGUAUAGAAAAUGAGCAGGAUGAAGCUAUUAUUUUACAAGAGCUACCUAUUGAGGGUAUAUUUUCCUACACAGACGAGCUCCUCAAGAUCCUUGUUCAAAAAUGUCAUCUUUUCGGUGUCAAAAUGCCUAUUAUUUUCGAACUAAUUUUAUUGUUUUUAAGAAUUCCAAAUCAGAGACAGAAGAUUAUCGGAAUGCUAGAUGAGGAUAUUCUGGAUGCUAUUUUGAAAAUAAUUCCAAAAAUAGCAGCAAAUACCAAGAUUCUUCUCAUUUUCACUAAAAUUCUGUUAGAAAUUUACCCAGAUUUCUCAGUGGAACCACCAGCUUCAGAAGAGCUUCCUGAGAAGGAGAAGAAGAAUAAGGCUCAAGAGCAGGACGAAGAGGGUACCAAAGAAGAUGAGCCUCAUGAAGAACAAAAGGGAGACCAAUUUGGCUCCCAGUUUUGGAAAAUGGCAAAAAGAGUCAAAGGAAUCUUCGGAUUCAAGAAAGAAGAACAGAAGGAAGAAGAUUUUAUGGACAAGAGUCUAAGUGAAGCUCUAAGUGGCAAGAGAGGACUUGACCAAGCUGAGAGAAAUUUUGAUGAAAUCCAACAGUGAAUCCACAAUUUUCUGACACUUCAUGACCAAAGAACAGCGAUUUUUGAGAUGGUAGAAGGAAACAACCAAUCAGGAGUUGUGUGUAUUUUGGCAAAGUAUGCUAAUAAGAAGAGAGAUGAGGACAAGAAAGAGGAGGGAGCUAGAACUCCAAUAAGACAUUCCAAAACAAUGCCUCAACCAAGAGUCGAAGAGGUACAAAAAUCACCGUCUUUUAUCAAGAAGAUUCUGCUUCAGAAUACACUGCGAUUCCUCCUCUCUGGAUGAAAGAGGUAUAAUGGUCUGUGAUAUUAUUACUUCAAGAAGCUUUUCUCUCUAGCUGAUUGAACUCAUACAGAGGAAAUUUCUGGAUCAAACGGAAAGUAUCUUAUUAGGACCUUAUCACUUGAAGAAAUUUCCCAAGAAAUAGUCAUUAUAGAAUCAGGAGUUCCAGAUUCAGUUAUCUCUUCCUCUUUUAUGGUCUAUGAUGGCAUUAAUGAUUGAAACUUUGAUUGUGAUCUCCUGAAGGAGGAAGAUGAUAAAAAGUUCCAAUAUUUUAAAUGUGAGAAAGAAGAUUACAGUUCAAAGAUUUUGAUGGCUCAAGAUAGUAAGAAUGCAAUAUUAUCAACAGAACCAAAUGAUCUUGGGUAUUACAAGGACCUCAUUAAGCACUGUAUGUUUUUAGUCCAACAUUAUUCAUGCUUUGAGAACAAGGGCAUCUUAUCUCAUUUUCUUCAUCAAAGUUUUGAAAAUGUUGAUGAUUAUAUGAGAAAGCUGAUACUUGACUGGAUCUCGAAAGAUAUGCAACAUAAGAGUUACAAAUUGCAGGAUAACUCCUAUCAAGUUGAUGAUCAAUUUGAAGUUGAGACAACUUUGUUCAGUUUGUUCAAUUUAUUCACUUCGGUAAUUUCUGGUGAAAAAGUACUACCGGAAGAAGAUUAUGCAACAAUUUAUGAACUUCUUGUCCAAUCUAUAUAUCAUCUUUCUUUUGUGAAAAGUUGAAAUUUGGCUCCUAUCCUAAGAGACUUACCCAAAGUAUUAGCUUGUAUUGAUCCAAAUGAGGGAGAAGGCCUUCAAAACUUACAGAGAAAUUGUAUUUACCUCAUUUCUAUCCUCAUCAGGCUUUUCUGUGGAGUUGGCAAUAAAUUUGGAAGUAUCACUGAUCUCAAAACACAAGAAACAGAGAUAAUUUUAGAACUGGUUAAAGUACUGGACACUGGAUCAUUGAAUGAAGAGCUAAAGCUUUGUUUGCUUAGUCACUGAUAUCUAUACACUACUCAUACCCAUCCAGACUCCCCUUUGAUUCUAAAGUUAGUUUCGAAGUAUAUCGAGCAGUCAGUUCUGCAAGAGUCUGAUCUCUGUUUUGUAAUUUUUAGGCGUUUCUACUUGCAAUCAGGUUCCUGUGAUUUUACUCAAUUCUUAAAAGAAAUCAUGCAAAUCUUGGAUCUUGAAUUUGGUAAUUUUAGGCAAGAAUAUGAAGAAUUACAAAAGAAAGGACAAGUUUUAGAAGAAGGCGAUCUUGUCAAUGGGACUCUAGUCUCAGAGGAGGUAUAUAGAGACGAUGUUGAUUACACAAACUAUUUCCUCCAACUUCUAAAAUAUACUGGGGAGACUUUUACAAGUAAUCUAAAUAUCCCUCAGAACUUUCAGAGUUUUCUGAUAGAAAUCCUUGAGUUUUUCGACAUUUCAAGUGAAAACUAUAAUGCUGUCCUAAGAUUUCUGUUUGAUAAUCUUUCACAAGGAAUUCGAAGAUUUGAUGAUUGAAAAUUUCAGUCAAACUUUAUGAAGCAGAAAGUUAAUUCUCUAUUUCUGGAGCACCUCUUAGAGGGUCUGAAAAAGUCAAGUUUUAGUGUUAAAACCGAGUUUCCUGCAACCCCAGAUUCUCUUUCAUUGGGUAGCUUUUUGUCAGAAAGAGAGGCAGUAGCUGCCCUGAGUGGUAAAAUUUACGAGGCUGGUAGAUUUGCCUCUUUUCCUUCAAUAAAGAAUGGCUUCACCUGUAUUUUUGCCUUCAAGAUGAAGAGACUGUAUGAGAAUAUGAUGCUGCUGACUUUUAUUAAUAAAGAGAAUAAACCCAUCUUUGAAAUCUGGUACAACUGUGAACGAGAGUUUCUUGAGUAUGAGAAGGUUGAAGAAUUCCUGAAAGAUCUGGAAAACCCAGAUCAUGAAGGUGAGGGUAGGAAUUCCUACCUUGAAUACAUUGAGACUUCUCCAUAUAUCUUGAAUCACUCUUUCGAAAUCAAGUUUAAUGGCGACUUUGAGGGACACAAGAUACUUUGUAAGAGUGAUAACUUUUUAAAGGUUGGAGAAGUUGCUCAAUUUGGGUUUAUACUGAAUAAAACCGAUCUGGUGAUUUAUCUCAAUGGAAAAGAAGUUGGAACCACUAAGCCUGAGGCUUUAAAAGAUACUCCUUCUAGAGCUUGCUUUCAAGCUGUUGAUAAAACACUUUCAUCAGUUUCGAUAUUUGAAGGAGUAUUCACACCAGAGGUUUUUGAUGAAGUGUUUUCCUCUGGAGAGAGCUAUCUCCAUAGACUUGAGAUUUUACCUUGAAUUAAGUCAAUCAAAAAUACAAAAUUGUUUUGAAAAUUCCCUUGCAAUUUGAAAAAUGUAAAUAUUUCUACGAGUUAUAAGACAAAAAUAGAGAUAUGUAAGGAGUCUGAGGAGCAAAUUGAUAUAAAAUCAUGUGGAAAGCAAGCUAAUAUCAAGAUUAGCCCUAUUACCCAGAAAGACUUUUAUGAACUGGAUAUGCCAUUGAAUUCUCAAAAAUAAGAAAGCAUUUGUUGAGAAUUUGUAUAAAUAUCCUGUCAGUUAUACUCCUACAUUGAAAGAGUAUCUGUCUAAUUUAGAAUAUUUUGCAUUGCUGACAGGAAUACUAGAAGAGAAUAAGGAUAUAGAGAUUUUAACUAUCACUUGUGAUAUAUUGGCACAAAUUAUCGUAAAGAAUCCUGAUUUUUAUCAAAAUGUACCUGAGGAAGUAAUGUGAGAAAGAUUUUUGAAGAUUUCAAGAAGAUAUUGCUCUGAAGAUCUUUACAUUCCAAACUUCACAGACCUUCUAUUUAAAAUUCUAUCAGAUACAUAUACCCUUCCAGAUGACUUCCAAACGCAAAGAACUGGUCAAAGUUAUAAUAUCUCACCUCCAAAAUCAACUUUCCUCCCAUUUCUGUUCACUCUCUCCAAAAUUCCCAAAAAUGAUUCAAAUCCUUCCCAACCCCUGUUCUACCCCAUCCUUGAAUCCCUCGCUUUGCUCCUAUCUAACAAGCCCAACUUUCAAAUCUUCCUCACAUCAGUUCCGCUCAAAACCUUCUUCUCUUGCUUAAUCCACUUCCCAGAUCCUUCCUUACUCAAAAUCCUCGAACUGUACCUCUCCCCUGCACUACAUUCCUCUACUUCCUCCGCACAUGUCCAAAUCUACAGUAGCAUAAUAAAUUUCUUGAUCUUCCUGACUAAAUUUCCACAGUACUCACAACUUAUAGGGUUCUGAAUUUUGGGAUUCAUGAAGGAGAUAACUAAGAAACUACUGUUCUUUCUGUGGGCAGCCGGUGUCGGCAAGGAAGAAGUGAUCAAGAUGGCUGAGGCGUUAAUUAGAGGAGCAUUGGUGAGUUCUGAUUUGGAAAUUAUGGAAUUGAUUUUGGAGAUGGUGAAGGUGGCUGGAUGGGAAAUGGGAGGGUAUAGUAUGGAGCAGAAGGGAAGGAUUUUGGAGCUUGUUUAUGAAUAUGUGAGGGAUAUGGAGGUGGUUAGUGAAGGGAUUUUCGAGGUUAUUUGGAAGAUUGCAGUGGGGGUUGGAGUGUCUAAGGCUAAGAUUUUAAAAAUUGCUGAAAAGCAACCCCAGGAUGUACUUGAUUUGAGGUAUUGAGGUGAGGUAAAAGAGGUUCCUCCUGAAUCAAUUCAGGAAAAUGAAGUCACUUCAGUUGUGCAUCCUAUUAUGAUCAGAUGUAUAAUAGAAAACAUCCAUAAGCUCCCUGAAAACCAUCAAAACUACUGAGAGAAAUUAUGGCAAAGAAUUAACAAGAUCAUGGAAGCCAACGAAAAAGUGUCAUCUGACCUUCUUCAACAUAAUUUCCUCCAAAGUUGGUACAAAUUCACACUGGACACUAAAGACCUGCAUCUCACUUCCUAAAAAAUCUAUAAUUCUACGUACUAAAUUCCUUAA